AUGCCCAAGAAACGCGUCCUCGUCGGCUACGGCGUCGACAUCGACGCCGUCGCCGGCUGGCUGGGCUCCUACAAGGGCGAGGACUCGACCAGCGACAUCAGCCGCGGCCUGCUGGCGGGGAGCAUCGGCACGCGGCGGAUUUUGAAGUUGUUUGAAAAAUAUGGCAUCACGGCUACGUGGUUUAUUCCGGGGCAUAGUCUGGAGACUUUUCCGGAAGAAUGCGCGAUGGUCCGGGACGCUGGCCACGAGAUCGGCUUGCACGGUUAUAGCCACGAGAAUCCCGUUGAUAUGAGUCUGGAGCAGCAGCGCGACAUCCUGGACUACACGUACCGCAUGCUGACCGAUUUCUGUGGCGGGAAGUCGCCCAGGGGAAGCGUGGCGCCUUGGUGGGAGGUGUCCAAGGAGGCGACGGAGCUGUUUCUGGAGUACGGCGUCGAGUAUGAUCAUAGUAUGAACCAUCAUGACUGCCAGGCGUAUUAUUUGCGGACGGGGGAUGACUGGACCAAGAUCGACUACGAGCAGAAGGCCGAGACGUGGAUGAAGCCGUUAGUGAAAGGAAAGGAGACGGGGAUGGUAGAGAUUCCGGCGAACUGGUAUCUCGAUGAUUUACCGCCAAUGAUGUAUAUGAAGAAGGUGCCGAACAGUCAUGGCUUCGUCAAUGCGCGGGAUAUUGAGGAUCUGUGGCGGGCAAGUUGCUCCCUCCCAUCGGAUCUGAGACGGCGAGACCAUUUCGACUACUUCUACCGCGAGUAUGAUGAAUUCAUCUUCCCGAUGACGAUUCAUCCGGAUGUUUCGGGACGGCCCCAUGUACUGCUGAUGCAUGAGCGGCUCAUUGAGCAUAUCAACAAACACGAGGGUGUCGAAUGGGUUACAAUGGAGCAGAUGUGCGACGACUUCAAAAGCAAGAACAAGCCUGCUGAGGGUGCGAUGCUGCCAAAGCCUCCAGGUGAGGCGAUUGGGUCAAAGCAGUAG